AAUUUCAAAGUCUUCACCUUUACCCGAAUCCACCAAAAAAAAAUACUACGGUCUUUUGGCCCUUGUUCUAUUAACCGAUCUACCGUGUUGUUUUUCUUCUUUGGAGGGGAUGGAAGAUAUCGGUUCCGAGGCAGGUUUAACCUCAGCCGCGGCUUUUGUGGAAGGGGGAAUCCAGGAUGCUUGUGAUGAUGCCUGCAGUAUAUGCCUCGAAGUAUUCUGUGAAAGCGAUCCCUCCACGGUGACCGGCUGCAAGCACGAGUUCCAUCUUCAGUGCAUCCUUGAAUGGUGUCAAAGGAGUUCUCAAUGCCCCAUGUGUUGGCAGCCAAUUAGCCUGAAAGAUCCUACCAGCCAGGAGCUGCUUGAGGCUGUUAAACGGGAAAGGAGUUUCAGGUUCAACCCCUCGAGAAAUGCUACCAUAUUUCGUCAUCCGACUCUUGGGGAUUUCGAACUACAACAUUUACCAGUGGGAGUGAAUGAGACAGAGCUCGAGGAGCACAUAAUUCAGCACUUGGCUGCUGCUGCUGCAAUGGGGCGAGCACGCCACAUUUCAAGAAGAGAAGCUCUGAGGAAUAGGUCAUCAGCACCAGAGCGUCGGCCGCAGUUGGUAUUUUCUCAUUCGAAUGAACCCUCAUCGACCGAUCCUGUAUCUUCGUUAUCUCCAACUCAAAGUGAAGGUGAACCUGCCCCCGCAAUCAUUGUUGGAACUCCAUCCUCUCCUGCAAGAACAAUGGGGGGAGAAUCUUCGGCAUCAAUUACUCCUCUACCUUCCGUCGUAGUUGAUCACCAGUCUGCCUCGGCAUCUGGCGACAGUGCUCUUUCGGUCAAUGAUCAAGGGAAUUCCUCAAAUACCCGGAGGUCUCCUACUCUGUCUUCUCCAAAUAGUCAAGAUAGAGCCAGACCAUCGGACGUUCAAUCAUUUUCUGAAUCACUAAAAUCCCGCUUUAAUGCUGUUUCAACGAGAUACAAAGAGUCGAUUUCAAGGAAUACAAGGGGCUGGAAAGAGAGAUUUUUCUCCCGCAACACUUCCAUGGCAGAUAUCGGUUCUGAAGUUAAGAGAGAGGUUAAUGCUGGGAUUGCAACAGUCUCUCGCAUGAUGGAACGUCUAGAAACCCGAGAUAAUAGAAACAACACCGAUUCUAUAUCAAGCAGCUCGGAGAAUAAUUCUAAUCCAGAACCAAAUAACCAUGAAACCAGCACGGCUACCGUAUCUAGCAGUUCAGAGAAUAGUUCUAAUCCAGAACCAAAUCACCACCAGAUAUCAGACACAGAUGGAGAAGCUCCCUUGACCGGAACCAGCGUGCAAGCUUCAUGUGCUACGAGUUCAUCAUCCAAAUAAGUAUCGCUUCAGCUAUUGCAUCAACCGAAAGUGUUUCAGCAUCAAAGAAUGCUGGAACUGUAUUCAAGAAUAAGCUUCCUUUCGGUAGAUCGGCUGACCAACACCAGCCCUGGUGCCGGAGGCUGGUUUCUCCCUUCUCUUACUAGGCCGUAUUUAUUUGUGUCUUUAUGAAGUUGGACCUGCCGAGAAUGCUGAAACUGUUUCAUGAAUAAGCUUCAUUCCGGUAGAUUGGAUGGCUGAAACCGGACUUGGUGUCGGAGGCCGGCUCCCCUCCUCUCAUAAUAGGUUGUAUUUAUUUAUGUAUCUUUACGAAGUUGGACCUGCCAAGAAUGCUGGAACUGUAUUCAUGAAUAAGCUUCUUUCCGGUAGAUUGGCUGGCCGAAACUGGCAUUGGUGUCGGAGGCCGGCUCCUCCCCCCUCUCGUACUAGGUCGUAUUUCUUUAUGUAUCUUUAUGAAGUUGGACCUGCCAAGAAUGCUGGAAUUUUAUUCAUGAAUAAGCUUUGUUUCGG